AUGUCGUUGCUCCACCUGCUGCUGCUCGCAGUGCUGACGUGCUCUGGGUUGUUGGUACCAACAUCGGCGAUGCCGCUCAAUGUUACGGUGUCCCAGCAAUGUACACCGCUCAACGUCACCUGGAGAGCGGAGCCGCAGAGUUUCCCAUAUACGGUCUGGGUCGUCGCCAACCACGGUUUCGUGCAGACCUUCCGCAUCGACAGCGACUACCAGCCUGGAGCCGAUCAUGUCACCUUUCAGUACGUAGUUCCUCCACCCUCCGCCGGCUUCACCUCGUACACUAUCACCGUCGGUGACUCGAGAGGCGAUGGCAAUACAACACAGGCACUUGGAAUUGGCACAGCUGCCGGUUCGACAUCCAACUGCGCUGCCUACACGGGCAGCGCCGCUUUCACGUAUGCAGCAGAUCCGCGCAACGUUACCAGCAUGAUUCAAUGCGGCGCGGUGGAUUUCUACAACAUCGGCGACAGAGGUACUCGGCCGUUCACCAUUAGCUUCAUCCCGCUCGGAGGUACUCCCGUGUCGGUGCAGGUACCCAACAGCGCCACGCUCAACAUCUCCAACUUCAAAUACCUCACUUACGUUCCCUUUCAGGAAGGCACGCAAUUCCAGACCGUGCUUGGCGAUGCUUCGGGUCCUGGCAGCGGUGGUGCCUCGCAAAUCUUUACCGUCGGACCCUCUACGUACAGUCCCUUUUGCCUCGCCUCCUCCUAUUCGCUCCCAGACAAACUGAGCGUCGCCCUUCCCAUCGCCAGCAAUGUGGCCACGUUCGGCAACCUACCUGGCGCUAUCGCGUCCUUGACACCGCAGACGACUUCCAAAUCUAGCCCGACCGGUGCUAUUGCUGGAGGCGCCAUCGGCGGUGCGAUAGCGCUCGGCUUGGCCAUCGGCUGUCUAAUCGGAUAUCUCGUGUACCGCAGGAGGCAAAAGACAAAGCGAGACUUGGCUCGCAGCGAGCAAGUACGCUUUGUUGAUCUGGACGGCGAAGAUGACGAAGAUUGGGCGGCAGCAGUGGCAGCUCGGCCGAGUCGCAGCACAAGGCGGAACGGCAAUGGCCCCUUCGACGACGGCGUCUCGGCGAGGCGUUCUUAUGCCGUCUCGCCCUUUGUCUACGAGCCGGCCACCGAAUCGUCAUCUGAUGGAAGAUACGGUCAGAGCCUCGAGAUGACUUCGCCCGUCUCGGCGACCAACAGCAGCUACGGCGAGCUUCUGAGCGCUGCCGGGCUGGCGCGGUCUGCUUCUCACAACGACUAUCCGCCUCGUGCAGGCGACGUCUCAGUUCACUCGCGGCAUUCGAGUCAAGAUCCGUUCUCGUCCCCGAACGAGGUUUACCAUGCUGGCUCGUCGGGAGCGGCAUUGCAUUCUGCAGCAGCAGGUGCAAGUACGUCGAGCAAAGCACGGGCAGCAGCAGCGCAAGCGAGGAGAGACAAUAGAGUUCCGCGUCGCGUUGUGCAGCACACAGACGGCGGGAGCUUGCCACAACCCUCGAGCGACACGGAAGACGAAGAGGAAGCGAUGGAUGAGCUGCCGCCAGAGUACGGCGGUUGGUUGCAGAAUAGCAACCCUGGUGGUGGUGACGAGCACCGGAUGCCACCACGCAGCGUAACGGCAGCCUCAGCGACAACAAGUCAACCUCUUGGAGGCGCCGCGGAUCGUGACGUUGGCCAUGCAUACCAGUAG